GCUUCGGCCCAACCUGGCGCCUCCCUCUCGGUCUAGCCGUCUAGGCUUCGAAUUCGACCCUCCUCUGCAAGAAAGAACGCAACCACUUCAUUAGCGGCGACGGCGAGGGCUCAAGGCUCGACCGAGGACGGCGGAGGGACAAAAAAUCAAAUCUUGAGAUGGCGUGGCAGCAAGGCAUGAACGGAUCCCACGCUGCGAGCGGGAGCCAGGCGCCGGCGGUCGGAGGAGGAGAGAGGCAGCAUACACAGUAUCCUUAUGUGACUGGUACUUCGGUCAUUGCCUUGAAAUACAAGGAUGGUGUGAUCAUGGCAUGUGACACUGGAGCCUCCUAUGGGUCAACUUUACGAUACAAGAGUGUGGAACGCAUUAGGGCAGUUGGCAAGCAUAGCCUUAUUGGAGCAAGUGGAGAGUUCAGUGACUUCCAGGAAAUUUUGCGCUAUUUGGAUGAACUAACUUUGUCUGAUCAUAUGUGGGAUGAUGGAAACUCUUUGGGCCCCAAAGAGAUCCACAGCUAUUUGACUAGAGUAAUGUAUAACAGACGCAACAAGUUUGAUCCUCUCUGGAACUCACUUGUACUUGGUGGAGUUAAAAAGGGUCCAAAGGGCGACGAGAAGUAUCUUGGCAUGGUUAACAUGAUUGGUACACACUUUGAGGAAAACCAUAUCGCCACUGGAUUUGGAAACCACCUGGCUAUCCCGAUACUUCGUGCUGAGUGGCGUGAGGAUAUGACUUUCGAAGAAGCUGUUAAGCUGGUUGAGAAGUGCUUGCUGGUCUUGCUGUACCGUGACAGGUCAUCUAUUAACAAAUUCCAGGUUGCCAAGAUCACUACUGAAGGAGCAACCGUCUACCCACCAUACUCAUUGAAGACUUACUGGGGCUUCUCUCACUUCGAAAACCCAGCUCAGGGUGCUGUAGGGUCAUGGUAGAUUCAAGCUUCCACGCAUGCUACAUGUCAGACCAUGAGCUGGGAGGAGCCAAAGUCUGCUGCUGAAACUCUUUCAGCCCUUGUGAACGUUUGUUCUGAACAUCACCAGAGCUCCACAUUUGCUUUGUAUGAUGGUUCUGAUUGAACCGUACUUUCGGUCGUUUGUUGAACAGUUUGAAUGUGGAUUAUGUGAUCAACUUCUCUAGUGCAUCAUUAUCAUAUUCCUUGGUCUGAAA